AUGGCAACGGGGGGCGGGGCCUCGGGGGCCGCUGGGAGCCGCUGUGCGGACCUCCCCGCAGGGAUGGAGGGGCACGGGGAGGAGGCGUCAGAGGAGCCGGAGGUGUCGGAGCCAUCAGAGGAGGAGGAGGCAUCGGAGGAGGAGGAGGAGGAGGAGGACGAAGGCUCUGGGGUGCGGGUGACGCCGGCGCUGCUCAAGGCCACGACGGGCGAGUUCUCCCUGGAGUCCAUCCUGCUGCUGCGGCUGCGCGGCCGCGGCAUCGCCCACCUGGGCUGCCUGGCCGACUGCUCCAACCUGGAGUGGCUGGACCUGUCGGGCAACGCCAUCGCGGGGCUGGCGCCGCUGGCCGCGCUGCGCGCCCUGGCCGUGCUCAACCUGGCCGCCAACCGCGUGGCCAGCGUGGAGCCGCUGCGGGGCUGCCGCAGCCUGCGCCAGCUCAACCUGGCCGGCAACCGCCUGCGCAGCCUGCGCCAGCUGCGCUGCCUGCAGGGCCUGCGGCACCUGGAGAGCCUGCGCCUGCGGGACCCGCGCGGCGGCCUGGCCAACCCGCUGUGCGCCGCCCCGGCCUACCGCGCCGCGCUGGCCGCCAUGCUGCCCGGCCUCAAGGCCAUCGACGGGCAGCGCGUGGCGGGCCGCGGCAGCGAGCUGUUCCGCCUGUGCCGCGAGCUGGACGCGGCCCUGGACGGGGAGGACGCGCCCGCGGCCGCGCCCGCGGAGCCCCCGCAGCCCUGGGUGCGCGCUGGCUUCUGGGAGGCGCGGCCGGCGCGGCGCAGCCCCGUGCUGGAGGAGGCCACGCGGCAGCUGGGCCAGGCCCUGCGCGAGUGCCGCGAGCUCGGCCGCCGCGCCGACGACUCCAUCGCGCAGGCACAGCGCGCGCUCGGCCGCCGGCAGCACGGGGACUUCGGGUUCUGAGCGCCGCGGGGACACGUGGGCUGGAGAUGGCGUUGGCUGAGCUGUGGGAGCCCAAAGGUGGCAAUGGAGAACCCCCAAAGAUGGGAAUGGAGAACCUCCAAAGAGGGGAAUGGAGAACCUCCAAAGAUGGGAAUGGAGAGCCCCCAAAGAUGGGAAUGGAGAACCUCCAAAGAUGGGAAUGGAGAACGCCCAAAGAUGGGAAUGGAGAACGCCCAAAGAUGGGAAUGGAGAACCUCCAAAGAGGGGAAUGGAGAACACCCAAAGAUGGGAAUGGAGAACGCCCAAAGAUGGGAAUGGAGAGCCCCCAAAGAUGGGAAUGGACAACACCCAAAGAUGGGAACGGACAACACCCAAAGAUGGGAAUGGAGAACCUCCAAAGAUGGGAACGGACAACACCCAAAGAUGGGAAUGGAGAACGCCCAAAGAUGGGAAUGGACAACACCCAAAGAUGGGAAUGGAGAGCCCCCAAAGAUGGGAAUGGACAACACCCAAAGAUGGGAAUGGAGAACCUCCAAAGAUGGGAAUGGAGAACCCUCAAAGAUGGGAAUGGAGAGCCCCCAAAGAUGGGAAUGGAGAACCCCCAAAGAUGGGCAUGGAGAACCUCCAAAGAUGGGAAUGGAGAGCCCCCAAAGAUGGGAAUGGAGAACACCCAAAGAUGGCAAUGGAGAACCCUCAAAGAUGGGAAUGGAGAGCCCCCAGAGCCACCACAGCCCAGAGCCACCAUCAUCUGUGCCACAGGACCACAAAAACGGGGCUAGGAGAACGCCCAAAGUCACCACAGCCCAUAGCCACCAUCAUCUGAGCCAUAGGACCCCAAAACGGGGCCAGGAGAACCCCCAGAGCCACAACAGCCUGAGCUGUGGGACCCCAAAGCCAGGGCUGGGAUACCCCCAGAGCCAUCACAAGUCUAGCUCCCUCAUCUUCUGAAGUGUGAGACCCCAAAACCAGGUCGAGGAGCCCCUCAGCCCUGCCCAAGUUCAUUUCCUUAUCCGUGGGAGCCCAGAAAUGGAUCCAGGAAAGCCCCCAGAGCCCACACUGUCACCCUGAGACCCCCAGAGCCACCACAAGCCUGUCUCCUUCCUCCUGUGAGCUGUGGGACCCCCACACUGGAGCUGGGGCACCCCCAGAGCCACCCCAGCCCAGCAGAGGGUCCCCAGGGAGCAGCAGAGCAGCCGUGGGGAGCCCAGCCUCGGCUGGGGGACAUCUCGGGGACAGGGGACGUGGUGGCACUGUGCAUUAAACAUGUCCCACCCUC